AAGUCCCCGUUGCUAGAUAAUCAUAUUGAAAAACGGACUCCAUGAAUCCAUGGAUUCAUGUUUCGAGGUAAUGGAAAACAAGGAACUUUAUAACUAAAAAUGUCUGUUUUAGGAUUCUUUAUUACCCUGUUUUUAUUCUCCGGGCUCAACUUUACCUUUGAAGCUCAAAACGGACCACUUUACGUCAGCCAUUUCUGCUCCAACACCACCACUUUCACGAGAAACAGCACUUACAAAGCCAAUCUCGAACGCCUCCUCUCGUCCCUCUGUGCCAACUCUUCCGCCGCGGCCUAUGGGUUCUAUGAUACGACCUGCCGAGAAGACCCCAACAGGUGUACGGUCUCUUCCUCUGCCGCGGUGACGUCUCGACCACUAUUUGUCGAAAUUGUGUCACUUUUACUACCGGUGACGUGAUUCAGCGUCGCCCUGUUGAAAAAGAGGCCAUGAUUUGGUACGACGAAUGUCUCCUCCGCUACUCCAGCGAAUUCAUUUUCUCCGCCGAGACUGAAUCUCCGGAGGUGUCUACGUCGGACGAUCAGAAUGCCACGGAUCCCGGCCGAUUUGACGACGUCGUGGCUAGUUCGUUGAAUGAUGCGACGAAUCAGGCUGUGUCGUUGGCUAAAAGGUUUAGCACCAACGAGGCUAAUGUUUCUCGGUUGCAAACCUUAUACAGCCUGGUUCAGUGCACGCCGGGCCUUUCAAGUCCGGAUUGCAAUAGGUGUUCCGGGAAGUCAUAGCAAGUCUCCCCAGUUGUUGCAGCGGAAGAGUAAGCGGAAGCGUACUAAAUCCUAGUUGCAAUGUUAGGUACGCUGUUUACCCGUUCUAUAAUCUGACUGCAGUUGCCAACUCCGGCGCCACCACCACCAGUGGUUACUUCUCCUGGUUCAGUGAUCAUUCCCAAAGGAAAAUGUCAAAAACCAUGGCUAAUAAAUGUUGCCAUUGUUGUCUCAGUUAGUGCCACUAUUUGUUUUUCAUUGUGGGGUAUUGUUCGCUAAGAAGGAGAAGAAGGAAGAAGAACAAUCCAGUGCAAGAAGUUGGGACUGAUAUAACCUCUAUAAGGUCACUGCAGUAUGAUCUCAACUUCAUUGAAGUGGCAACAAACAAGUUUGCAGACGGUAAUAAACUAGGUGAAGGUGGAUUUGUUGUGGUAUACAAGGGUAGUUUUCUGAAUGGAAAAGAAAUAGUUGUGAAGAGCCUAUCAAAAAGCUCUGGACAAGGUGCAGAAGAAUUCAAGAAUGAAGUUGUAGUACUAGCCAAGCUUCAGCACCAGAAUCUGGUGAAGCUGUUAGGAUUUUGCACAGAACGAAAAGAGAAGAUGUUUAUCUAUGAAUUUGUUCCCAACAAAAGUCUUGACUUCUUCCUCUUUGGUCUGGCCUUUCUUCACAUUUAUCUGGAUUAAACUGUUCUUUACUUA